GUCUGACACAGGACAGAUAGUGAUGUCAAGCAUGCCAAUGGCGCCCAUGCAGCCUCAUGCAGUGAAGUGAGGCUGAAUUUCGACAGCGACUUCUGCCAAGGUGGGCAAUGGCGGUGAUCGCGCCCUCCACUGUCGACAAAUGAAUCCGAGAGAGGAGAAUGGUGGUACUACCUAACCUGGUCCUGGUAGAAAUUGGCGGGCGAGGAGGAAACACGGAUAAGAAGACAGGGGCAUUGCGCCGCAGGGCUGCACCACUACUGCAGCACCAACUUUGCAUUGGCGGUCGGCGCUUGCAAUAUCAUUUCUCAAUAUCAGCUGCUGCUUGCACUAGUCUCCGUUCCUUUGCAGCAUGGGGGCUGCCAUUCGUAGCAGCUAGCUGGCCACGCCCCUUUUCUUACUGAGCUGAGCAGCCCACUGAAACCUGCACCGCAUCUCCCCCCCCUAAAGAUGGCGGACGACCUCAAGAGCCCCUUGCUGGGCAGCUUUGGCAGCAGCAACGGGCACCCCCCCCCAGCACAGGUGGGGGUGGAGCACGGGCAUAUCAUCAGUCGGGGCGUGUCCCCCCGGGGACAAAACGACUCCCCCCAGGGGUUUCACAAUCAGGCAGACUUGACGGGCGCCGAAUACAGCAGCGGCGACGGGGGCUCGCCGCGCCCCGAGUACUUUGGAAACGUGGGGGUGCAGACAGAGGAUCUCAAAGAGGUGCCGGACUUGGAGAACGGGGAGUGCGAGGUGAAAGUGACGACUGGGCCGGCGUCGGUGGGGCCGAUCAUCGAGAGCCUGGAUUACGAGAUCAACGAGAACCAGAUCUAUAAGGAGCACCGGGACCGUGUCGCAGGCUACCGCUGGCAGUACGUCCUCCUCAAGUGGCUGUUUGCGUUCAUCAUCGGCCUCGGCACCGCGCUCACCGCUUUCGCGAUCAACCUCGGCGUCGAGAACGCGGCGGGCGCCAAGUUCAUCCUCCUCUUCAAGUUUAUGCGCGAGGGCCGCGUGUGGUUAUCCUUCGUGGUUUACACGCUGGUCAACUUCGGGUUAGUGUUGACCUCGUCGCUCCUGGUGGCAUAUGUGGCGCCCGCCGCGGCGGGCUCGGGGAUCCCCGAGGUGAAGAGCUACCUGAAUGGGAACGACAUCCCCGAGAUCCUGAGCCUGCGCACGUUGGGGACUAAGAUUGUGGGCAGCGUUGGGAGCGUUGGCGGUGGGUUGGCUGUGGGAAAGGAGGGCCCGUUGGUGCACACCGGAGCGGGCAUUGCGGCGCUGCUGGGCCAGGGGGGGUCCACGAAAUGGGGGAUGACGUGGGGGUGGCUCCGCCUGUUCAAGAACGAUCGCGAUCGUCGGGAUCUAGUCACCUGCGGCGCCGCUGCGGGCGUUGCUGCGGCGUUCCGUGCGCCCAUUGGGGGAGUGCUCUUCGCGAUGGAGGAGGCUGCCAGCUGGCUGUCGAGUCACCUGCUGUGGCGCGUCUUCUUCACGACUGCGGUCGUGUCAGUGACUAUCAAGGCGGCCAUGGGCUGGUGCUCCAAGCCAGGCGCAUGCGGGUUGUUUGGCGCGGGCGGCUUCAUUCUCUUCAGUGAGCCCACGGCGCGACAUGGGUACACUUUCUUCGAGCUGUUGCCGACAGCUGUCAUCGGGGUCACGGGAGGGCUGCUCGGGGCGCUGUUCAAUACGCUCAACUGCAAAGUGACCAAAUGGCGCCGGAACACCCUCGCCCCCCGCGGCAAGCGCUACCAGGUCGCCGAGGCGGCCGUUGUGUCCCUCCUCACCUCCAUCGUCGGCUUCAGCUUCGCCCUCCUCGGCUACUGCAAAGCGUGCCCCGACCCGGAGACCCACCCCAAUGUCACGUGCCCCCGCCGCAGCGGCCACUUCGGCAACUUCGUCAACUUCAACUGCGCGUCGCAGACCGGCGAGUACAACCCGUUGGCCACGCUGUUUCUCUCCACGAACGACGACGCGAUCCGGAACCUGUUCUCCACGAACACCCCCUUGGAGUACCCCCCCCGCUCGCUGCUCCUCUUCUUCGUCGCGUUCUACUGCCUCGCGAUCAUCACGUACGGCGUCGCGGUGCCGAGCGGGCUGUUCGUCCCCGCGAUUUUGAGUGGUGCCACGUACGGGCGCCUCAUGGGCGUCAUGCUGACGCGGCACUUUGGCCCGGAGAUGGUGGACGAGGGGCGCUACGCGCUCAUUGGGGCCGCGUCCUUCCUGGGGGGGUCCAUGCGCAUGACGGUGUCGUUGUGCGUCAUCUUGCUCGAGCUGACGGACCAGCUCAGCCUGCUGCCGCUCGUCAUGUUUGUGCUCCUCAUCUCCAAGUCCGUUGGCGACAAGUUCACCAAGGGCAUCUAUGACGCACACAUCCUGCUCAAGAAGGUGCCGUUCCUGGAGGAGAAGCCGGAGCACUACAUGCGCAACAUUACGGCCUACCAGGCCGCGUCCAAGAAGUUGGUGACGCUGUCGCGCGUGGAGAAGGUGCGGCGCAUCAUGCAGGUCCUGAGCAGUUGCCACCACAACAGUUUCCCGGUCAUCGACCGCGCGGAGGGCGCCGAGGAGCACUUCAGCGGCCUCAUCCUGCGGCACACGCUGCUCGUGCUGCUGACCGGCAAGCAGGACUUCCAGCGGAGCCCCAAGAUCCGCCGCCUGGACACCGUGAUGGGCACGAUCCACGGGGGCCGCGUCGGCGCCGGCGCGGGCGGCCCGACACAUGACACGUACAACGACUUUGCGAAGCCGGGGUCGGGCAAGAUGCUGCGCGUGCAGGACGUGGCGCUGACGGAGGACGAGAUGGAGCACUACAUCGACCUCGCGCCGUUCCUUAACCCGGCGCCGUUUGUGGUGCAGGAGCACAUGUCGCUGACCAAGGUAUACAACCUGUUCCGGCAGCUCGGACGGCGCCACCUGGCGGUCAUUCCUGCGCCGCAGCAGAUCGUGGGCAUCAUCACACGCAAGGAUCUCCUGCCUGAGCGGCUGGAGGCCUUGUUCCCGGAGGCGGUGCACCACCAUCACCUGCAGUGACUGGGCCUUUUCGUUUCGCUCCCCUUAAAACGGGGCCUCCGUUAUAAAGACAUUGGGUAACAAGUCGGAAGACUUGGUAAAGCGCCAGCAUAGGGCCAUGGGCAUGUAUAGAAUAAGAAGCUUCAUUGCGGGCCACUUUGCAAAAGUUAUAUUUAUCCGACGGCCGGAGCAUUGAAAGACAGUUCGCCGCAUAAUGCAUUUGUUUGUAAGAUGAGGUCUUGGAUGGCCCAUGCGCUCAGUUGUUGCAACCUGGGUUGGUAAACGAACCAUUGGCUUUGCUCUUGAAAUUGUCGCAGUUGCAGCUGGGAGGUAAGAAACUUUACGAACCAGUGGGGUCCUGAUUAGCCUGUCAAGUAAGCGACCGUUGUCAAAAGUUUAGCGACAAGAUCAUGCUAGCUCUACGGACAGCCAAUGUCGCCGGAUCGUGGACAUCUUAAAGGUCACCUUUCACUUACUUUUGUUACCUUAGAGCGCUUGCUCAAAGUUGAUGGUUGAAUCUGCUACGUCGA